CAGAUUCCAACAUGGCCCUCUCGCUCGCUACCUCCUCGCUCUCGCUCGCUGGCCCGGUCCGCAUGUCGGCCAACCCCGACGCCCCGAUCAAGCUGGGCGUCAACGGCUUCGGCCGCAUCGGCCGCCAGGUCGUGCGCAUCGCCAUGGACCGCGAGUCGUUCGUGCUCAAGCACAUCAACUCGCCCAUGUCGCCCGAGUACAUGAAGUACCUGCUCGAGCACGACACGGUCCACGGCCGCUUCCCGGGCACCUGCGAGAUCAUUGAGGGUGGCCUCUCCAUCAACGGCCUGCCCGUCACGCUCUCCGCGACGCGCGACCCCACGGAGAUCCCGUGGAAGGACACCGGCGUCGAGUACGUCUGCGAGUCCACCGGCGCCUUCACGACGACGCCCGACUGCAUGAAGCACAUCGAGGGCGGCGCCAAGAAGGUGAUCAUCUCCGCGCCCGCCAAGGACGCCGAGACGCCCACCCUCGUCGUCGGUGUCAACCAGGACGACUACGACUCCAAAUACUUCAUACGGGAUAAGCGCGCCACCGCCUCGCAGCUGACCGUCGACGGCUCCAUGAAGGGCGCCGACUGGCGCGCGGGCCGCGCCGCCUCGGCCAACAUCAUCCCCUCGUCCACCGGCGCGGCCAAGGCGGUCGCCAAGGCGUACCCCGUCAUGAAGGGCAAGCUCACCGGCAUGGCCUUCCGCGUGCCCACCGUCGACGUUUCCGUCGUCGACCUCACCUGCGAGCUCGAGACGCCCACCACGUACGACGAGAUCAAGGCCGAGGUCAAGCUCGCGUCCGAGACGUACGCCAAGGGCAUCGUCGGCUACACCGAGGACCAGGUCGUGUCGUCCGACUUCGUCGGCGAGACCUGCUCCACCGUCUUCGACGCCGGCGCCGGCAUCAUGCUCACGCCCACCUUCGUGAAGCUCGUCUCGUGGUACGACAACGAGUGGGGCUACUCCACCCGCCUCGUCGACCUGGUCGCGAACAUGGCGGUCGCUGACGGCGUGUGCAAGAAGGAGGCGAUGCUCGCGUAAGCCUCCGUGGCCGCGGCAGGCGCGCUCGCCGGGGGGAAAGGGUCCCUUUCUCCGCAGAACGCUGUGCUAUACUCUCCCCCUGCGCGACGCGCGCAUGCAGGGGUCCUGACGAUUAGUGUUGUGCUGAUUGAUGUACCCGUGCUAUAACAUGUGAAAACACCACCAU